CCGCGAAUGCGUCGCCAUUUAUUAGCAGAAGAAGAAAAGUCCUCGUCGCACAAAAGCCGUUCUGGAAAGUCAAAAAGUGGCACAGUAUUUUUUUAAAUAAACAAAGAUGAAGCUUUUGUUGUUUUCCUCUUUCAUUCUCGCGUUGACAACUGGUUCCAACGCGGACGCCUCCAAGCGUCUAUUGCAGCAAUCAGAGCAAGCGAGCUGUGGUGAAGUCUUGGCUACUUGGACUUCUGGUGUCAUUGGCGACUUGAUUGAAACUGGAAUCGACCAGAACUUGGGGCCAGCCGGUGCGGAUCUCAAGACCUUGGCACUCCCUCAGAUCAAAUAUGGUGUACAAGUGCGAAAGAUAUGCGCGGUUUGCUCUGAUUUUAUGGAAGACUGUGGAUAUGGAGGAGAUGUUGCCCAUUCGGGUCUUGUCAUGAUACCCCUCAAAGAUGAUAACUCCACGUCCAUUGCCGGAGGUACGCACAAGGCAGUCCUCUACAACCAUGGCACUAGGGCUGUGGCUCAGCCAAGCACAGACUUUGUGUACCAAGAUAACUUUUUCGAGAUUGUCUUGAGUACUCUCUACACGGCAGCGACUCGGUCUGUGACUAUUAUGAGUGAUUACAUGUCACAGGGAGAAAGCUUUGGCCAAGUGUACCGUGGAUACAUUGUCCGCAAAAGCUACGAGACCAGUGUGACGCCACUGUAUUUCCAAGCCAAGAAACUGUUGGAAGAUGAAACCGAUUGCUCCGCGGUCGCCGACUCGAUCUUUAUUAUGGGAUACAGUGAAGGAGGCUACUCUUCGGUCGCGGUCGCAGAAAAGAUGCAUUCCAUGGGAAUCGAUAUCAUUCGUGUGGAUCCUGGAGGUGCUCCCUUUGAUGUGUCCGGCGCCACGUUUGUUGACAUUGUGGAUUUCGUCAACAACGGAACCUUUCCGGAGGGUGUGAGAUUCUACCUGCAGUAUCUGGGCUUUAGUUUCUCAUCGUCUCGUAGCGACAUGCCCAAUUUUGAGGCUGGCCAAGAUUUGUUAACCAGCGAGGCGAGGCAAACCAUGUUGGACUUUCUUGCCUCUGACCUUCCUGACUUUGAAGUGCCAGGAAUUGAAGCUGCCAACAACAUGGUCCCAGUGGACGACAUGCUCUCAGUCUACAAUCCAGACUUUAUCAGUUUUAUUGAAACAGCCAUUGCCGAAAACGAUCGAGAUCCCUGCAAGAAUCGUCCCAUUGCGGGAGUCAACGAUCUGCUCUGUGAAGCCAUGAAGGAGCAGGAUAUUCAUCUAGUUUUGCAGAAUGCACAAUACCCUGUUGUGGUUUGCUUCAGCCCUGGAGAUGAGAUUGUCUCCAUUCGCAACAUGCCGGAUGUCUCUGGCAACCCCAAUGUGACAUUCCUGGAGGCUGAGGGAACGCACAGUGCGGCAGGUAACACUUGUUUCGUGGCGUCGACCCAGUACAUUCUGAGCCCCGGCUUCCAGGACUACUCCGUGACGGAGCUUACCAGUGAUACUUGUCGCCAAAGUGGUGGUGCUGAGGACCAGGGCAAUGCCUCGUCCGUUGGAGACGAUGGAGUCAUCGAGGAUGACGAAACCGACGACGAGGAGGAUAAAACUGAUCGCGAGGAUGCGGGAGCUGAUGACGAGGAUGUUUCCACCGGUGUUCUUCGCCUUGAUUUGCUUGUCGUGCUCGCAAUCAUUGCUCUCGCUGAUCCAUUGGCCUCCAUGUUCUAGUGUAUUUGUUUCGAGGCUCGCAUAUGGGGAUGGUUACCGUACCGUAGAUGCGAAUGUAGCUUGAAUAUGUCUUCAUGCCGGAAGUGGAUCAAUACCAUAGUAAGCAAACAAUUAUCCACUAUCCUCCCGGUAACUCUUCCAUCCAUUUCGACAAUUGCUUGG